AUGAUCAAUGCGGAAAAUAAUCCAUAUUCAUCAGCUUCAUCCGAUUCUGGCGUAGGUGGUGUUGAGAAUCAAAAACAAACUGAACAGACUCGCGCUAUCGAUGAUGAUGACUUCGAAUUACCAGAUAAUUGGCCUGAAUUCGAUUUUCAUCGAAAGAAAAGUUGUCUUCUCAGUCGAAUAUUUUCAACGUGCGUCACAAAAGCUAUUAAUCAUCUUGAACUAGUUCAAAAUGCUAUUGAACGAAAAGAAGAAGAAACAAAAGCAGGAAGAACCAAGCGACAAAUAUCUUUUAGUAAAACAUUGCCAUUAACGAAUCCACUUGAAGUAGUUGGUCGAGGUGGUCAACUUAUUGAUCAACAUCCGCAUCAUGAUCUGCUCGAAGAUGAAAUACUGGAAGAAGUAUUAUUACUUUUGGCUCGGCUCGAUCGAGAGCGUUUACGUUUAAUUAAUUUAUGUGAGAAUGAAAACAGAGUACGAGAUAGAUUGAAAGAAAAUAUUGAUCACUGGCGAUUAAAACGAUUGGUAGAUUUACCGUUAGCUGUACAAAAAGAACACGAUGCUUGUAUAACGGACAUCACUGAACUUCAAUGGCAUAUCGCUUACAAUGCUCGAUUAGCUGAAAAAGUACUGUCAAAAAUCGAUCUAUCUAGAACAUGGCAUCGGCAACUUGAAAUUGAAGUUAAUGAUAUUCGUCAAACCAUUCCAUUAAUAACCGAAAAAGUACAAACAGAAUUAACUGAAAUAACACGAGUUGAUGAAGCUUUAAAAGAAACUGAACACGAAUUAAUGUUAAGUCGAGCGAAAAAUACUGAUACAUUAGAUAAAUGUACCAAAGCUAAUCAACGUGCUGGAACUGAACGUGAUGAAAUUCGUGGUGAAAUCGAUAAAGCAUUAAAAUCUCUUCAGCGAAUAGCAGGUAAAUUACAAGCAUCGAUCGAUCAACAUAAAGCUUAUGAAAAAGCAAUACGUGAUGCAAAAUCAACAGUUAAAAAGAAUGAUCGAACUUAUGAAGAAGAAGUAAAAAAACGAGAUGUUGCACGUGCCGAUAUAGCAAGUAGCAAACUUAAAUUAGCAACAAUUGGAAAUGAACGUGAACGUCUUCAACAUGAUAUCGAACGAUUAAAUACUGAAUUUGAUCAGGCCAGAUUAGAAGAAAAACUUCGUGAAGACCAUCGAAAACAAGAAUUAGAUGCAUUACAAGCAACUGCGACGAAACGCGAAGAAAAACUAGAUAAAAUUCUAAAGAAAGAACGUGAAAAAGCAACAGUUAUCGAUGAAGACGAAAGAAAAUUGGAGAAAAUUGAGAUACAAAUCGAUCGUGAUAAGAAAUCAUUAACACGAUUUGAUCAACAGCGUGGUCGCGACGCCGAAAUGUUACGAACAGUGACGGAAAAUUUACAACGAGCAUUUUAUACAAAUGAUUCGAUUAGUACAGAUAUGAAACGUGAAACAGAAAAACUUCAAAAAGAAGAAGAUGGAAUGAGAACAACAAUGGAGGCAGUACGACGACAGAUUCACGAAGAAUCGAAUAUUAUUGCGAUGCUAGAUAAACACUUAGAUACUGACAACCGUGAACUUGAUUUUUUGAAUCAAACCGAAACAAUUCGAGCUGAAGAAGCUGAACGUGUAGCUACUGAUUUACAAUCGAAAUUCGAUACAUUAACAGUCAAUGUUACAACUUUGGAAACAACUGAUGUUCAAACAAAAGAAAGUUUAGGAUCAAUUAAACAUAAUUUAUUGGAAAUCAAUGAAACUUAUGUCAGAGAAAAAGAUCAACUGUCAAAUGCGAAAAUUAGUAUCACUGAUCGACAUGAAACAGCAUCAACAACCGUAAAUGAACUUGACACCACACUUAAUGAUAUCCUAACUCAAACAGCAUAUAUGAGAAAGCAUUUAAUUGAAAUGGAUGAAUCUCGUGCUAUGAUGGAAACAUUAACAACUAAAAUUCGUGGUGAAAUUCAAACAGCUGAAGCAGACUUGGCUCAUGAAAAUUAUAAUUUCGGUCUCGUCGAAGUUGGUGAACAAGAAGUUGUAAAGGUUUUACAAGAAUGUUUACAACGACAGUCAAGUGCUGAUUCAUUAAAUAAAGACUUGUAUAAAGAACGUUCAAAUUAUUUAUCUGAUAAAAAAGUAGCUAUUCAAAAAGCUCUUCUGCAUAACCAAGAACUAGCGAGUUCUUAUCGAAAAACAUUGUAUGCUUAUUAUGGAAUGAAAACGUGCUUAAUGGGCAAAUUAGAACAACGACUUGAUGCUGUAGCUCGAGUCAAAGAUACAAGACAAUUAAUUGAAUUACAAGAACGACUUCAUUCUGCGUUGAGUCUUUAUUUUGGAAUUAAGAAUGAAUAUGUUGAACAACAAUUAGAUAAUCUAAAUCGAGAGAGUCAUCAAAAUGGUUUGCAAUUAUUCCAAGUUCAAGAAACAAUUCAACUAUCUGUCGAUCGUAUAACAAAAUUUCUUGUUGAAAAAGUCGAUUUCAAUGCUAUACAUGAAGAAGCUAUGCUCAAAGUACACAGGGAAGAAUUACAACAACAACAACAACAAAAAGUGCCUGUAUAA